AUGCAUUGUAGUAGUUUCCUUAGUUAUUUAGUAAUCUUAGUUAUGACAAAUAUUCGCUCCUGUCCUGCAAUGGCCGAUGAGCUUAGUGUUAAUGAAGUCUUACCACUACCAUUCCUUCGAAGUAAAAAUAGUUCAUCGAGUAACAAAGGUAUUGUGUGUCCUACGGAACCUCUAGGUGGUUUUGGAAUUUUCUUAGCACCAAAGUGUGAAAGCAAUGCAGAUUGUCAGUACUUAAGUCAAGAUCACCGAUGCUGCCAAAAUUCUUGUAGACGGGCUGUCAAACAAUCUGGCUAUCAACCCGCUCAUAACGAACUUUUUGGUUUGAGGAAAAAGUGUCCAGUACAUCCGUUCCCUGAACACCUUCCAAUUAAAAGGUGUUCCAAAGACAAAGAUUGUGAGCCUAAUCGCAUAUGUUGCCCAGAUAAAACUGAUAGCAAACUCUAUUGUCGCACUACAGCACCUUUUUGGGCACAAUUGCCUUUGUCAAUUCCACAAAGUAGUGAUACCUUGAAAACUAUUAUUGGUUUCAUGCAAUGUCAACAACCCCCAUCUCCAGCUCUAGAUCUUUUUUCUAAACCUUGCAAUAAAACAAUGGAUUGCAUACCCAAUUUGUGUUGUCAAGAGGGAUCUAAAAAAGUUUGCAGAUCAUCAAAAAGUUCAGUUUUGAAACUAGCUGUUCAAGCAACAGCGAGAUUUAUUAAGGGAUAGGAAAGUGAUAAAAACCAAUGUGUUUUUACGAACCAUUUUACUGAAUUCUUGUUAGUACAGUCUUAACAUUCUGA